CGGGAAAAAUAUUGGUAAACAGAUACAUCGGUCGAUCACUAGUUCUUUUUAGGUUUUCUGAACUGCUUCCAUACCAGGGACCCCAAGAGCAUGAUCAGCUCAGUGAGGAGUUCCUUGAAUAUCAAUUGAUAGACAUCCCCAAGACCCAGCCACUUUCGACACUAGAUUUUUGGGGGGAAUAUGUCAUCAAUGAAGAAUAGGGUAAGAGAUAUUCUACACCCUUUGACAUCUACUUAAUCAAAUUAAUGAAUACUAAUAAAAAAUUAAAGAGAUUUAUUUUUGGUUUAUGUUUUUUUAAAAGUGACCAGCAGUCACUUUUAAAAAAGAUUUGGUAGGCUGUCUAAGAUUUCCAAACUGGUUUUAGUUCUUCCCCACUUGAAUGCAGAUGCAGAGAGAGUGUUCUCCAUGGUGGGUUUGAACAAAACCAAAACUAGAAACAGUUUGGCUCUGGAUGGGACUUUAUCAUCCAUCAUGACAGUGAAAAUGGCUGGCCUUGAGCCCCCUACCCCUGUCAUCAAGCCAUCAAAACUUGUAACAAACUCUUACAACACAAAACACCAAUCAUAAGCUCUCUCGCACAUAUUCUUGGCACCCUUUCUCAUUUAGCUGUGUUUGGACUAGUUGACAAUUAUGCCAUUCCAACAGUCAGAUGGAUGACAUAAUUAGAAACAUCACGGCACAACUAGAUAACAUUUUAAAUAAUCACUCUAGUAAAUCUAGGCGAUUUUAAAACUGUGGCUAUGUUUGUUCAAGUGUGAAACACAACACUCAGAGGUGAUUACAUGUGCCGUGUCUGUAAUGUAGCCCUCGAAGUUCACCUUAUCGCUAGAGUAAACAGUAACAGAAAACCCAACAGGAUAAUGGGAUCAUUGAAACCAUGACCCCAAUAGUCACAUGUUAGUGGAAUGAUAUUUGUUUUGUUUUUUAAAUUCAAAACUGUAUCAAACCAGUAAAGUUUAAAUGCUUUGUUUUGGAACAAUGAUUAUGUGUGAAAAUUGACUGAAAUUAAUUUGAAAAGAGGAGAAUGAAUGUUAACUAAAGAAUGUCAACUAAAGAGUAUUACCUGCUGUCACUAUGAAAUUUUAAAUCAUGCUGUGCUGAUCAUCAUUAUUUCGAUCACAUUUUGUUUUACAGUAUUUACAUGCAGAUUACUUGCUAUGAAGUACAACAUAAACACAUUUAUGAAUAUUUCAGUUAAUUAUUGUCCUUUGUGCCAGUUUUACCACCCCUCUUAACCACCUGAUCUCCACCUGAUUCCCAUUUCAUUCUGGGAAACAGUAUCAGCAGUUUCUCUUAUUACAUCUUACUUACAUCGGCUCAUCUCAGAAGAGUGAACUCAACUAGAGUGUGGUAAACCAACUGAAGAGAAGAUUUAUUUUCCGGUCAAUUUCAGAUUCAGAAACAAUAAUGUCUCAAACUGUCGUACCCGUGACCUCUUCGACGCUCGUCAUCCAGUUUCAACCACCAACACAAACAACAGCAGCUGGAACUGGGACAAAUGCUCCUGUGCCUGUUUAUGUACAACAGCCAGCAGGAGUUUCACCUUUUCAUGGACUUCAGGCAUUUCUGAAAGGCCAACCAAAAGCCCUUGGAACUGUCCAGAUAAUGAUUGGUCUGUUGACUCUCCUGUUGGGAAUUGUGUCUACAAUUUAUGCAGAUUCCAUCACUGUCAUUAGUGGUAUUCCUUACUGGGGAUCUCUCAUCUACAUUUCCGCAGGCUCACUCUGCAUUGCUGCAGAAAACAAACUGAAUUCACCCUCCAAUUUGUGUUUGGUGAAAGGUUCACUUGGAAUGAACAUUUUCAGUACUAUAACUGCAAACAUUUCCUUCAUCGUAAUUUCAAUGGAUUUGGGUCUAGGGCCAUUGAACGUGUACAAUUGGUGCAGUGAUUAUUCUUGUUAUUAUAUUGAGGACAAGUAUAAGACUCUCUUCUUUGGAAUCAGUAGUGUAUCAUUAAUAUUCGCAGUCCUUGAGUUUAUCAUCUCCAUCUACCUGUCAGCAUUUGCCUGUAAAGCCACCUCCUGCUGCUGUUGUACUCCACAGGUGGCGUUUGUUCCACAAGUUUUACCUCAACAGCACUGUUGUUUUGGGCACAAUCACUUCCAUAAUCUUAACAACCCAGAGAUAUCUGUGAUCAGCAACCCUGCCAUGCAUCACCUUCCUGCAGAAAUUCCUCCACAAUACAGUGAAUUUAAGUAAAUAUUAAUACAGAGUCAACAAAGUUGAGUUCCUGCAGUUGUAUGAAAUGCUUUUGUGGGUUUUCCCAGUGAUUUCCUGUCCUUUAUCUUUCAUUAAAAAGAGAACAUGACAGCAAAGGAAAAAAUCCUUUGAUCAGAUAAUAAUGAUUAAGUAAAGACACAAAUAUCUGUAAACAAUAACUAUUCAAGACAUGAUUUUUUUUCUUUAGUAAAGUCAAGAAAUUUGCCUGAUCAUUAAUGAAACUGGAUUACUUGUUUUGCACAACUAAUUAAUACAGUAUAAUCUGUAAAAUAAAAGUAUACUGAAUAAAAAAUGGCUUAUUCUUGUCUCUUGUUUUUUGAUCUCUCAAUUCUAGGUUAAUAGCAAAAAAUCAUAUUAGACAUUUUAUAAACAUUUGUCACUAUUUGCAUUUGAAUCUAAUUUAUAUCUAAUAUAUAUAUAUAUAUAUAUA